UAAACAAGUGGCUCAGUUAUUUGCUAGCCAAAGUACCUGUAGGACAUGUCCGGUUGGAAGUGUUUACUAGCAGUCGCUUGCACGGUUGGUUUCCUUGCGUCCAGCACCAGGGGGCAAAACCAAACCGACACCGACUGGUGGAAGACGGCCGUACUGUACCAGAUCUAUCCACGCUCGUUCUACGACACCGACGGCAAUGGAGUGGGCGACAUCCGGGGUGUGACGGCGAAGCUCCAGUACCUCAAAGACACCGGCAUCGAUGCGACGUGGCUGAGUCCAAUCUUCCAGUCACCCCAGCGAGACUUUGGGUACGAUGUGAGCGAUUUCCUGCAGGUUGAUCCACUGUUCGGUACGAACGGCGAUCUGGAGGAACUGUUCGGCGAAGCACGCAAGCUGGGGCUCAAGAUUGUGCUCGACUUUGUGCCGAACCACUCGAGCAAUGAGCACUGGUGGUUCGUGCAGUCGGAGUUGGGUGUGGAACCGUACCGGGACUAUUACGUGUGGCAUCCGGGGCGGCCCGUCCCUGGGCAGGCACGUCCGGAUGUCCCAAACAAUUGGAACUCCGUGUUUUAUGGUUCGGCUUGGGAGUGGAGCGAAAUACGGCAGGAGUACUAUCUGCAUCAGUUCGAAGUGGGCCAGCCGGAUCUGAACUAUCGCAACCCGAGGGUGAUCGAGGAGUUCGAUAAUAUCCUGCGCUUCUGGAUGGAGCGUGGAGCGUCCGGGUUUCGGGUGGACGCCAUCAACCACAUGUUCGAGGAUGCACUGUUUCGUGACGAACCGAUCAACGAUCCGAGCGAUCCAUUGAGCUACGGCUACACGCAUCACAUCUACACAAACAAUCUGCUGGAAACAUACGACGUCAUCGGCCACUGGAGGAAGGUGAUAGACGAGUUUGUGGAGCAGACGGGCUCGGAUGCGAUAAUCAUGCUAACGGAGGCCUACACCAGCAUGGAUAUGGUGCUGCGGUUCUACCAGUCGGACGAUGGGUCGGAGCAGCGGGCACACUUCCCGUUUAACUUUGUGCUGUUGGGUGAGCUGAACGGAGAUUCGAAUGCGCGCGACUUCAAGUACGUCAUCGAUCGGUGGCUGGAAAACCUGCCCCGCGGGAAGGUGACGAACUGGGUGCUUGGGAAUCACGAUCAGCCACGCGUUGGCAGUCGCUACGGCGAGGAACGGAUUGAUGCGAUGAAUGUGCUGCUGAUGACACUGCCCGGUGUUGCUGUCACGUACAACGGGGAGGAGAUCGGUAUGGUCGACUACCGAGACAUGGCCUGGGAGGACAGCUUGGACCCGCAGGGCUGUAACGUUGGGCCGGAGCUGUACAAGUGGAAGUCGCGCGACCCGCAGCGAACUCCGUUCCAGUGGGACGAUACGCAUAAUGCCGGGUUUUCGACGGCGAACCGAACCUGGCUGCCGGUGUAUCCUUACUAUCGGCAGUCGAACCUUCGCAAGCAACUGGAAAGCGAUCGGAGUCACUAUCAGGUAUACACGGAAGCGAUCAAGCUGAGGCGCGAUCGCGUGUUUCGGGAAGGUGCGUUCCGAUCACGCGCGUUAACGGAGCAAGUGUAUGGGUUUGUGCGAUAUCUGAAGGAGGAUCGAAGUGCGUUCUUCAUUGUCUUGAUUAAUCUGGGCAAUCAGAUGGCCGUAGUUGAUCUGCACGAUCUGCACGAUUCGAUAGGUGAUGGAGAAGUUCGUGUGUUCUUGGUAGGGACGGCGUCUCGCUACAAGGUCAACCAGACGGUGGAGGCUACCCAGCUGCUUGUUGGACCGUAUGAAUCGAUCAUUCUAGGCAAGGAAGCAUCCUCUUCUACUAACGUUGUUAUUGGUUGCUUCAAGUUGAUUGUAUCACUGUGUGCAGUAGCAACUUUCUUCAAGAAAUUGAAUUCUUUCUAACGAUUCCACGUUCCAGUCGAAAGACAAUUAUGAACUUAUUUGUAAAAAAAACGAAAUAUUCUUACAUUCAA